AAAAAGAAGAGAUUAUGCUACUAAAGCAAACUCCUCCUAUUCGUAUAUAAGUUUGGUCGUGGCUGCUUUAUAAGUUUGAACUUUGAAGUCAAUCAGCGAUUGAAUGAAUAAAUGAGAAGAUGAAAUAAUUCUAGAUUUAUUAUAUGGAAUAUUUAAUAGUAAUAAUAGUGGCAGUUGCGUAAUUUUGGAGAAGUAGAGCACCAGAAAAAAAGAGGAGCUGAAAUGUUGGUAUAUUUAAGGAGAAUGAGCAACGAACACAUGAAAGCUAAGAUGUGGUCUACGUCCUUCCACCCACUCAUUUUCUCUCUCUCUCUCUCUCUCUCUUUAGAAGUUAAAACAAAACAACCACUACUAAACCCCCCCCUCCAAAAUACACCUUCUAUGGCGGCCGGGAUUUCCGUCGCCACCACUCCGGGGGCCAUACUCCGCUCCAGGCACAGCCCGAGGCCAGCUCUGCGGAUUCCCCCUUCUCUCCAGAGAAUUCACGGGAUUUUGAGGUCUGGGAGAAGGAGGCCCAAUCUGACGGUUUGUUUCGUUCUGGAGGAUGAGAAAUUGAGGGCAAUUCAGGAGCCAGAAGAAGAAGAAGAAGAGAGUGGUGGAGUUGGGAGGGCGAUUUCACUGGCGGAGAGCGUGGCGGAGAAGGUGGCGGAGAAGUUGGCGAGGAAGAAAUCGGAGCGAUUUACGUAUUUGGUGGCGGCCGUAAUGUCGAGUUUUGGGAUUACUUCCAUGGCUAUCAUGGCUGUUUAUUAUAGAUUUGCCUGGCACAUGGAGGGUGGGGAGAUACCUUACACAGAAAUGUUUGGUACAUUUGCUCUCUCCGUUGGUGCUGCCGUGGGAAUGGAGUUCUGGGCUAGAUGGGCACAUAAAGCUCUGUGGCACGCUUCAUUAUGGCAUAUGCACGAGUCGCAUCAUAAACCAAGAGAAGGACCUUUCGAACUUAACGACGUCUUCGCCAUAAUUAACGCCGUUCCAGCCAUCGCCCUCCUCUCCUACGGUUUCUUCCACACAGGCCUCGUUCCCGGCCUCUGCUUCGGCGCCGGCCUGGGAAUCACGGUGUUUGGUAUAGCCUACAUGUUCGUCCACGACGGCCUCGUGCACCGGAGAUUCCCGGUGGGGCCCAUCGCGGAGGUGCCCUAUUUUAGAAGAGUAGCUUCGGCUCACCAGAUUCAUCACACGGACAAGUUUAACGGCGUUCCAUAUGGCCUGUUCCUCGGACCUAAGGAACUUGAAGAGGUAGGAGGGCUCCCAGAGUUGGAGGAAGAAAUUAACAGAAGAAUUAAAUUGUCCAAGAACUCCAGAUGAAUUUUUUGUUUUGUUUUUGUUUCUUUGUAGAAAAGAAGUUGGCAUAUUUUGAAGCAAAUGAAAUGAAUGAUUUUUGACUUA